GGCUGGAGUGCAAUGGCACGAUCUUGGCUCACUGCAACCUCCGCCUCCUGGGUUCAGGCAAUUCUCCCGUCUCAGCCUCCUGAGUAGCUGGGACUACAGGCAUACACCACCAUGCCCAGCUAAUUUUUUGUAUUUUUAGUAGAGAUGGGGUUUCACCAUGUUGACCAGGAUGGUCUCGAUCUCUUGACCUCAUGAUCCACCCGCCUCGGCCUCCCAAAGUUCUGGGAUUACAGGCGUGAGCCACUGCGCCCGGCCCUGACAACAGAGUUUUAAUCCUCACUGUUGACAGUUACGAUGCCAUGGAAGACGUGGGCGCUGACAGAGGAUGGCUGCUGGUGUAGGCAGGGUGGUCAGGGACAUGCUUUCUCAGAACUGACUGGGAAGGGACGGCGGGACCAGGCCAUUUGGGGCCUCACAGAUCAGGGCUGAUGAGUUUGGGUCCAUUUAUGCCGAUUCAGCCUAUUUGAGGGUGGGAGCACUCCUGUUUCUCAGAAUUCCCUGUGCCUAAACCUGGGCAUGGCAGAUGAUACUUGCUUAGUAAACGUGUACGGAACAAAGAAUUGAUUGAAGUAAGAGUGCUGGAGCGCACAGAGCUGUGGGGCCUGAGUGCAACCUGGAACACGUGCCCCUCCUCAUCCGUCAGGUGAGACAAGCAGGAGAAAGCCAGCUCAGCAGUGGCUGGUGGUUGUAUUUAUGGUUAACUUAUUUUGAGAUGCUGGUAGUUUCACAUGCAGUUGUAAGAGAUAAUACAGAGAGAUCCUGUGUCCCCUCCUCCCAGCUGCCCCCAGCGGUGACAUCUGGUGAAAUUCAGUGCACUCUCAGCACCAGGCUCAGGGCACUGAUACUGCCAGGACACAACGCCAGGACGGCUCAGUCCCUAACCCUUCGUUGCCCUUUUAUAGUCACACACACACCGCUAAUCUGCUCUCCAUUUUUGUGAUUUUGUAUUUGAAGGGUGCUGUGUACACGGUCGUGGGCAGAUGGCCCUUUGGGGUUGGCUGUUUUCGCUCAGUGUGAAUCCCUGGAGCGUUAUCAGUUCCGCCAGUCAAGUUUGUUCCUUUUACUGCUGAUUGGUGUUUCGUGGCUUGGCUGGCCCAUUGCUUGUUUAAACAUUCACCUGUUGAAAGCCCCCUGGGCUGCAUCUAGAUUUUAGUUGUUAGGAAUAAAUGUUGCUCUCAACAGUCAUGUGCAGGUUUUUGUUGAACAUAAGUUUUCAUUCGUCUGGGAUAAAAUGCCCAAGAACACAAUUUCUGGGUCAUAGGGUAGUUACAGAUUCAGCCUCAUUAAAAAGUGCCUGUUUUCCAGAGUGGCCAUACAGUGCUUUUUGUUUGUUCUUUUAAAUGGCUUGACAAUGGAAGGAAAGACGCUUCUGCAGGUCCUGACAUAGAAAGCCCAUGGAGAGCUGCCCUGUGGGUGGGGAAGCGGGUGACAGGAGCCCCACUGCUUCCCAGGAACCCCGGUGAAACUGGGUCUUUCCAGUCCCAAGCGUCUCCUUUUUUGCUAAAGGCAUCAGAAGAGAUGAAAGCAUUCUACCACCCACGUUUCAGGGACACUGUUGGCUCUUACUUUAUAGUCUGGAGAGAGGUUUUUCACUGUCAUGUAAAUCCUGUCAGUUUUCAACAGAGCCUGAUCUUUAGGGUCCUGUGCGAAGCUGUCGGUCUGGAGAUGCAGAAAUGAAAGGAGCCUCCUACUGGGGUUAGGGAUCUCCUCAUUGAGGCAGGGAUCCAACGGCUUCUUUGUUCUCUGAUUCCCUGAGCCUCUUUCCUGUGUGUGUGGUGCGUGUGCACUUCUGUGAGCGCACUGGGAACUAUGACAGCAAUAAGUGGGUAUGACUGGGGGUGGGGAGCGGAGGCAGCAUGGCCAGGAAUUUAUACUUGAGCUACCAAGAGGAAGGAAGUAGCAGCAAAAAUAGAUUGGGUGGGGUGGUAGAAAAUAUUAAGGGGAAAAAUGAGAUGCCUGGGGUGGGGUUGAAGAAGAGCGGCUUAAAGAGAAACGGGGACACACACUGGGUAAGGAAUCAAGUGCUGUUGAAACAGUGUGGAAGGCGGCGGCAGCGGCGGCUGAGCUGUGGUAGCGGAAGCCGAUCACGAACACAGAAUGUUCAGCUUAACAAAGAAAUGACACUUGCCAGCAACCGGAGCCUGGCAGAAGGAAACCUUCUGUACCAGCCCCAGCUGGACACGUUGAAAGCACACUUGACCCAGAAAUACCAGGAACUCCAGGUUCUCUUUGAAGCCUAUCAGAUAAAGAAGACCAAAUUAGACAGACAGUCUAGCAGUGCUUCCUUGGAGACCCUGUUAGCACUUCUUCAAGCAGAAGGGGCCAAGAUUGAGGAAGACACCGAGAAUAUGGCAGAGAAGUUUCUGGAUGGAGAACUUCCUCUGGAUUCCUUCAUUGACGUCUAUCAGAGCAAACGGAAAUUGGCCCACAUGCGACGGGUGAAAAUUGAGAAGCUCCAGGAGAUGGUGCUGAAGGGGCAGAGACUCCCGCAGGCUUUGGCCCCGCUGCCGCCCAGGCUGCCCGAGCAGGCAUCUACUGCCCCCCUUCCCUACCCUGCCCCAGAGGCCAGUGGGCCCCCCGCUGUUGCGCCUCGGCGCAUCCCCCCACCACCACCCUCGGUGUCUGCAGUUCGCCUAGCCACCCCGUUCACUGCGGCCAUGGCCUCGGGACAGGCUGUGCCAUACCCAGGAUUACAGUGUCCACCCCUGCCUCCCCGUGUGGGGCUCCCCACUCAGCAAGGAUUCUCUGCACAGUUCGUGUCCCCGUAUCCACCAGCUCUCCCCCAGAGACCCCCGCCCCGGCUGCCUCCGCACCAGCCGGGCUUCAUCCUCCAGUGAGCACCAGCGCCGUCCUUCCGGGGAAACUCCCUCCACCUGCUGUGUUGCGCUCUGCAGACGGGAGGGAGGCUGGAGGUCUGCUCUGUGCCAAGGGCUUCAGGGCCCUGGGCCAGCGUGUCCACCUGGUUUUAGAACUGUAGGUCAGUGGUGAGUAGUAGAAGCCCAGGUUUUGGGCACCGAGGCAGUUGUGUGUGCCGGGUCGCCGCCUGACACCCGCGCGUCGAAUCGGUUUGCAUUCUCCGUGUGUUGUCUACGUAUCUUAGCGUUGACGAACUCGUAUUUGGGAAGAAACAAAGCCUCUUCCCCCGUUCCCUUUUAGAAUCGUGGUCCUCCCGUUGCAGCUUUAUUUAAUGAGCAUGGUUCAUGAUACUUAUUUUAUUUUCAAAACAGUCGUGUGUGUCUCACCCAGUGGCCGCUGCAGCCCUGGUGAGGGUGGGUGGGUGCCAGCCAGCCUGGAAGAGUGCUGUGGCCAGGCUGCUACCUGCAGCUGCACUGUUGCUCACUGAAUGUUGGGGAGAGGUCAUCACAGUCACCGCCUGACCUGGCUGCUGCUCUUGCUUCAGAGCCACAAGCAAAGUUUGCACUGGACCCACUGCCAAGUCCAGAGGCUGGAGAAUGGCCACCGGUGUGGGAGGGGACCGCACGAGCGGGACUUUGUAUAGCAAAUCUUGUCCCCAGCUGCUUCUCUUCCCUCCUGCCUCGAGCCGGCCCUGAAGGUUUCUAUGAAGAAAAUAAUCCCCCAAUAUUUUUACUACAUGUGUGAUUUUCCUGUUUUAUAUUGACAAAACUUUUUUGACACUCCCAAGACCAUUCAGGGAAAUUUUUUUUAAAAUGCAAAUAUUGUCUUGAGCAGAUUGAAAUGCAGAUGAAGCGGAUGCGAUUUCCUACCCUCGGGUGUCCGUGCUGUGCCUUAGUUCCCCAGGUGCCAGGACUCACACCUGCUAGGGGCUGGGCGGGGCCCCCAGCGGCUCUGCUUUCUCUGAAGGGCUUGUCCAAGUUCAUUGCCCUGUUACAUGUAGUCAAGACGUCUGACUGCCUUGACUCAGGCUACCCUUAGCCAGUAUCUUCUGCCCCUGGCUGGCUAGUAGCUGGGCCUCAGGGCGGGUGGUGGUAGGGAUUUGGAGAAAGCCCACCAGUGGGAUUGAGGGGCGGGGCUGUGCUCCAACCACCUGAACCUGCUCUUCUCUCCACCCCCGUGGAACCUCAUCUUUACGUGCCACGUGUGCUGAAGGCCUAGAGCCCAGCAGGGGGCAGCGGCAUCUGUUGACAGAAAAGGCCCAGGUGCUUACCCGUGGACCUUCUGGGUUGCCCCUCCCCUGUCACUUGUCAGGCAUCUAGGGUCCUGACCUGUGUCUAGCCACCAGGGUGACAAGGCAGAACUGAAGCGGGGUCUGUCCCAGUGGGCCACGGGCCAGGCCACUGCCUUUUGUCCUCAAUGACUGUACAUUCCUGCUCUCGGACUUGAACUCUACUGUAACCGUUUUCUUAAAGGAAAUGAAGUUGUACAGGAUGAUUCACUGCCACGCCAGUCAGGCAGGCUUGCCAUGUUCUGUGAAUCUCCAGUGAGCGGUGCCACCCGCCCCCAUACCUCCGCCACCAGCCGCUGUCAGGGAUGCCACAGCCCAGCCACGGUCGCAGCCAAAUGCGUUGCGAAGGGGCCCCUGGCUGGGCUUGCCGUCGCUGUUCAGGGCCGUGUCCGGUGCUGUGGCUGUAAAGCUGUAGGACCCUUUUUAAUAAAUAGAGAAUUAUUAAUAA